AUGAACGCACAAUCAGCAAACGCCCCCGCAGCUACAAAUGCUGCCUCAUACCUCGAUCUAGGCAUCACAAUUGCUCUGAACAACUGGCCCGCCCUCACACUUGCCGUACAAUCUAAUUGGGGUGGCCCAACCUCCGAGGACAAGCGUGCCUGGCUCGGCGGUGCCAUUUCCGAAAUCUUAGGUGACAGACCUGAAACCGACGCUGAGGAUAUCGAGGAUAUUCUGAUUCAGGUUAUGAAUGACGAGUUCGAUGUUGUCGUGGAUGACGAUAGUGCUGCCAAUGUUGCUGUCGAUAUCAUGGAGAUGAAGCAACAGACUGAGCGUGGCGAGUUCACGAAUAUUCAAGCCUUGUGGGAGACUUGGCAGAGCAAGAGUCUGCAGAGGUCUGCUGCAGCAAACAUGUUUAAGCAGGUUGAGGCACAAGAUGAGGAACAAGAAACGGAUGGUGAGGAUGAUGAUGUUGAUAUGGAUAUGGAUGAAGCCCCUGAGUUGGUGCGGGCACCUAGAGAAGAGCCCGAGGUUGAUGAGGAUGGCUUUACUAAGGUUGUUGGUAAGAAGAGGCGAUAG